CCACGGAGUUGGUUUGACGCACAAGCAAAAUGUAUAUCAGAAAAUGGUAGCUUGCCAGAAGAUUUUCCAAAGCAAGUCAAUUACUCCGGACAAGUUGCCAUUUGGAGGGGGGUUUAUAGGCGAGUUUCAGCUUGGAUCAAAAUCCUUGGUUGUUACACAGACAAUGAGACUGAGGCAGUAUCCUCUACCACUUACAUAAUGCAAAACUUGUCUAAAUCAGCAGGGUUUUGUCAAGAAAUAUGCCUGUCUUCUAAUAAGACCACUUUUGCAAUCAAGGAUAAGAUAUGCAGAUGCUUAAAAGACCGUCCUCGGGAAAAUGAAACUUCUCCAACCUUGUGUAAUGCAUUUUGCUACAAGCCUGAAGAUCGGGGUGAAAAACCUUAUUUUGAGGAGUGCGGAGGCAAAGAAUUUUACUCUGUUUACAUAUCAGCAACAAAAGAUGAAGGAAAACCAAUGGUAGAUGGUGUCUAUUGUGUUGCUAUUCAGUGUUCUGAAAAAACAAAUACAUUUCUAUUCGAUAGAUACUGUUCUAGCAGUAAACAUCCUGUGUGUAAAUUGACGGACAGAAUACUGAACGCAUCUGACUGGUCCCAGUCAAUGAACAUUUGCAAAUCAGAACCUCUUUCAUCUUAUUUGACUGGGGAAGUAUUUCUGGAUGACAUAAACAAAACUUGCAAAAUGAUUGGUAAAGAACUACCCGAAGGAUCUUGGGUUGGUGUUGCGAAUGAAGUGUACACUGGAAUCGAUCGAGGCAAGUUAAAAAUAAUAAAGACAAGAUACAAAAAGUAUACUUAUGUAGACGUAUGUUAAAAAUGCAAAUCAAAUACAAGACCUUAAUACCUAUGUUGAAUUUUA